GCUGCGCCGACGCGUCGUUUAAUUGAAGACGCGACCUCGAGUGACAUUUCGCGUUCCUCGGAAUGCACAAGGCGGCAGCGACUCUUCUUGGGCACAUUGCGCACAACUACGACGGAUUGAAUAGUGAAACUUCAGCGAUGGCUUCCAGAACCGUACCCGAAUAUGACGAUCUCGACGUGUACAAUGUUGAUGACGACUUCGACGACCCAUUCAAAUCCCCACCGCCCGAGGCGAAAGAUGGGAGCACGAACAAAAGAAAGCAGGCCGAAGCUUUAGGCCUUGAUGAGGAGGUGGAGGUGGCUAAGAGAGUGAGGGUGCCACGCGUAAAGCUCGACGAGGCUCGGCUACUGUCAGACAACGGGAUACCUAAACUUCGAAAACGCGCCGGUAAUCUCAAGUUCAAGGGCAAAGGACACGAGUUCUCCGAUGCUGCGCGUCUUCUAUCCUUUUACCAGCUUUGGCUUGACGACCUCUUCCCCAAGGCGAAGUUUCUCGACGCUCUCAGCAUGGUUGAAAAAGCCGGCCAUAAGAGGCAGAUUGGACUUAAGCGCAUGGAGUGGAUCAACGAGGGCAAGCCCAAGCCGUGGGGUGCAAACGAGGACAGAACAGAAGAUACGCUGGGAGAGGCACCAGAGCAAACAGCCGAACCCCCCCCUGCACCAGUUUCGGCAACUGUCCCUCCACAACAAAACCUAGGAACACCAGAACGUGGAGACAUACUGGGUGUAGAAGACAUAUACAGUUCAACACCGUUGGCUAGGAAGCAGGAUAGGGGUGUGUCCGCCUUACAGCCUGAGGAACCCGACGACGACGAUCUCGACGCGCUCAUGGCUGAAGCGGAUGGAGCAGCCCAUGCACAAGCACCAAUACCACAUGAGCACACCGGCAAGUCAGCAGAGGAAGAAUUCGCCGAUGAAGAAGCCGCUAUGGCCGAGAUGGACGGGCUUUGGUGACAGGAUCAAGUUCGCAGCAAGAGUGGCUGUAUGGGCGACGAUAGGGUUAGCACCAGAAUAGAUUGCCUGCAUGACGGACGGCGUUGGCGCCACGAUUCCUACUUAGAUCUACGACAAGCACCAUCUUGGUAGUCUGUGGAUUGGAACACGACCACCCUUAUGCCGUCAGCACGAUUUUCGACCCUACAAGGGAUAAGACAGGAUCCGAG